CACUACCGCGACGCCUACCGCCACGCCGACCCCCGCGAGCGCCCACGGCCAGCGGUGCACGGGGCGCGCCAGGAGGAGGUGAUCGACCACCGGCUCACCGACAGGGAGUGGGCAGAGGAGUGGAAGCACCUCAACAACCUGCUAAACUGCAUCAUGGACAUGGUGGAGAAGACACGGCGGUCGCUGACGGUGCUGCGGCGGUGCCAGGAGGCCGACCGUGAGGAGCUCAACCACUGGAUCCGCCGCUACAGCGACGCCGAGGACAUGAAGAAAGGCAGCCCCCCCUCCGCCCGCCCCCACAACAGCUCCUCCAGCUCCGAGGCACCCCAGUUAGAUGCGCACCGGGAUUUUGCACCGCGGCCGCUCUCAGGGUACAUGCCUGAGGAGAUCUGGAGGAAGGCUGAAGAAGCCGUGAAUGAGGUGAAGCGGCAGGCCAUGUCCGAGCUGCAGAAAGCUGUGUCGGAUGCUGAGCGCAAAGCCCACGAGCUGAUCACCACUGAACGCGCCAAGAUGGAGCGGGCGCUGGCUGAGGCCAAGCGGCAGGCAUCCGAGGAUGCCCUCACAGUCAUCAACCAGCAGGAGGACUCCAGUGAGAGCUGCUGGAACUGCGGGCGCAAAGCGAGCGAGACCUGCAGCGGCUGCAACACCGCCCGCUACUGCGGCUCCUUCUGCCAGCACAAGGAUUGGGAGAAGCACCACCACGUCUGCGGGCAGACUCUGCAGGGGCUGCCGGCCCCCUCCGCCCCCGCAGCCGUGGGGCAGCCCAUCGAGACGCUGUCCCUCCGACGUUUCUUCCUCGCGGCCGUUUUCAUGGUUGCUUGA